GAGGGUGGGGCAGGGGAAGAGACACGACCUAAAACAAGACGGCGGUGCCACUGUGACAAAAGGGUGUUCUCAGAGCGAAAAGUGUCGACAGUAUACCUCCUUUAGGGGUACAUUGUGCGUCGGAAGUAUGGAGAACUUCCUUUAGAGUUCAUGAAGCCUCGGCAGAGAGAAAAAGAGAAAGAGAGAGAGAGGCAGAGAGUGAGAAAGAGUGAUUUCGUGAUGUGGUACUACUUGAAGUGAUGUUCACCCGCUGAUGUGGAGUUUACUUCUUGUGGCGCUAAUUUGAAUGAAAAUCCCACUUUGAGAGUUAUUGUUAAUUAAUGUGCAUUGAACAUGCACGAAUGUGAAACCAACAUAAUCAACAUGAUGUGCUGGUCAGUGUAAUGACACAGGCCUUCGAUCCAACAUACCCGUAAAAUGUGAACAUCCUUAAGGAUUAAAUAUAGUCAGUGAGGAAAUGAAGAUUUCUGUGUAAAAAUGGCUGAUGCUGGAGUAGUGAAUCCAGCAUUCGUAUCGGACGAGACGCCGGGGUCCACCGUCCCCUAUGGGUAUGGACCUCUCGAACCGGCCACCAAGAGGUGGGAUCCUACCGCCUCCGGAGGGAAGAAGGGCCCGACGCCCGUGGAAUUGCAGAAGAUCCAGAGGAAACACCGCGUGCACAGGAAGUCCGCGUCUGUGGGGACACCCAUACAAUGGACCGGAGUGGACAGCACGCCCGCAAAAGUGCUGAGGGCGUGGACGAACGCCCAGGAACGCCUGGCCAUGGAGAGUAACUGCAGCUGCAGCUGCAGCAGCGACUCGGAGGAGGAGAAGGGCUCUAGGAAGAACAAAGGGACGCAGACAGAGGAGCCCGUCGCGACGCUCAGCUCCUGGAGAAUCAUCAAAACACGAUCGCCUCAUCAGGAGAGCGCCUCCUCCUCUUCCGUCGCCAGUGACUUCAAAGGCCUCGCUCCUGCUCCUGCUCCUCCUCUUCUGGAUCCCCGCUGCAAACCGUCCGCCUCCGAGUACUUGGUGGUUGAGUCUAGGUCUCUGGGCUUCGAGGCGUCCACGCAGACUAGAGAGGCUUUCUUGUUCCGGUUCUCGGACGUCGAGGCCUUCGAGAUGGUCAUGGCCUGGAGGAUGCUGACCAUCUUCCUGCCCAUCACGUGGUACAUGAUCAUGUACGUGGCUGACCAGGUCACGGACGUCGCAGUGGCCGUUGGAUUCUGCUACGAGAAGCAGUUCUGGUGGUGCGGGCUCAGUUUGACCUUCCUCAUCCUCCCUCACGUCGCCAUCAAUUUUUACGCCUACGAACAAUUGGUUCGUCCAGACAUAGCUAGCGUCGCCCCGGUCAAUAAAUGGUUCGCUCGGGCAUUGCUGGCAACUCAAAUCGCUCCUCAUUAUAUACUGUCCCGUUGCAGAAUCGGUCGAAAAUGGUCGUGGUGCUUCCGCGCCUGGAGAAAGGUCAGCUGGAAGCACAAGAGGAGGAAGACUAUGAACGCCAACGAACCGCAAAACAUCACCUCCUCCAACGCCCCUCACCCUUCCUCCUCCUCCUCCUCCUCCUCAAUCCCCUCUCUCUCCUCACACCAGCAGCAGCAGCAGCCACAGCAGCAUUCCACUUCUUUGGCCUCAGACCCCGAGAACCCCCAGCCCCCGAAGCCACAGAAGCACAGGAAAUCUGCCAAGAUUCUGUGGGAGCAGGCGAAGGCCGAGACCUACUCCGAGAGCAUCAAGUUAUACCAGUCGCUUUUGGUGUCGACGCCCCAGCUGGCCAUCCAGACUUACGUCCUCAUGGUCAAGUGGGUGGGGAAGCCAGGGAAUGACAUUGCUUCCUACGUGGAGCCUGUUCUCAUCUCGAGCGUGAUCAUCAGCCUGACAUCGGCGUCUGAGGGCUUGGCGUCAGUCUUGGCUGACAAAGCCUGGGAGAAAAUGGCGGCUUCCACGGCCAUAUUUCUGACUCUAGGAUCUCGCGUCAUGGUCCUCGGGGGCGUGGGCACCAUCGACAGCAGCUUCUGGUUCAUCCCCGUCUCGUGCUCCCUCCUGGUGGGCGUCGUGACGAAGAUCUGCGAGUCGAAGGAGAGGACGGCCAAGCCCAUCUUGAUCAAGAUGCCCAAGUACAUCUCGGAGUCCUUCGUCAUGGCGACCAUCUGCCCGCCCUUCAACGCCCUGGGAGUCUUCACGUCAGUGCCCUACGUCGUGGCGGGCAUCGUCUUCCUCCUGAGGGAGCCCGGGGCGGCGACGAAUAUCGUCACCUUCAUAUUCUCUAUCUUCGGGCAGGUGGCUUGGCUGGCCGUUGGCUUCUUCGUCACGUGAGGUCUCCUUCUUCUUCUUCUUCUUCUUUUCUUCGUCUUCUUCUUAAAUUUCUCCUUUUUCCUCUUCUUUUUCUUCUUAUUUUUCUUCCUCUUCUUCUUCGAGAAUGAAACUAAGACACUCACUCCUAAUGAAGACUCCGUUAGAGAAAAGAGGGUUAUGGCAGCUUAUUGUGGGGCGGGGAUGGGGAGAAAGGAGGG